CUCUCUCUCUCUCUGUGAAUAUAAUAAUUAAAUAAUUAAUAGAUAUAGAAUUUUAAAAUGAUGAAGUUGUCAUGCUGUGGUGUGGGGCUAUGUGUUGUGGUGAUGAUGGCGAUGGUGCUAGGUGAAGAAGCAAGGAUGACAGAGGCAGUGACAUGCAGCCCAUUGGAGUUGAGUUCAUGCUUGGAACCAAUUAGGUCUGGGACACCUCCUUCAACCACAUGCUGCCAGAAACUGAGGGAGCAGAAGCCUUGCCUUUGCGGAUAUCUCAAGGACCCAGCCCUCAAGCAAUAUGUCAGCAGCCCCACCGCCAGAAAAGUUGCUUCCACCUGUGGUGUUCCCUUCCCUCAAUGCUAAAUUAAUUACCAAUAUUAAUCACUCCUUAAUACUUAUAUAAAAUUAAGUAAUAAGAAUGAUGUCUUCAUUAAUGUAAUUGCUCAAGACCAGCAAUCAUGAUACUAUCAAUUGUGCCUGGAGAAUAAUGGGAUAUAUGUUAUAUGGUUAAAGAAAAUAAAUAAAUGUCAGUGUAAUUGAUUUCUGAAA